AUGAUGUGUUUAAUUGUUAGAUUCAGAAUACAUCCUUCAUCUUCCAUGAUUACACAAUUACUUAUUUUCUUCUCAAUCGUUGAUCUUCUAACAUUCGGUUUACAAGCCACCGAUUUUUAUGUCCAUGAUUUACCACUUUUACCAAAAGGCGCUUCUUCUAUUCGUAUGCAUGCUGGACUUCUACCUGUCAACCCACAACAUAAUGGAUCUUUGUUCUUUUGGCAUUUUGAAAGAAAAUAUGCUAGCGACAAAUUAAGAACAGUCAUAUGGCUUAAUGGAGGUCCUGGUUGUAGUAGUACAGCUGGAAUAUGGAUGGGAAUUGGUCCUUUUCGAUUUCAAGAUAAAAAUACAAUGAUCGAAAAUGAUGGAUCAUGGCAUUUGCACACUAAUCUUCUAUUUGUAGAUCAGCCUGUUGGUACUGGCUUUUCCACCAUUGAUACGGACUCAUUUAUUCAUGAACUCGAUGAGAUGGCUAAUCAGUUUCUUGGCUUUCUUGAUCAAUACAUCAAGAUUUUUCCAGAAUUACUUGAAGAUGAUAUUUACUUAGAUGGUAUAUCUUUUGCUGGUCAGUAUAUUCCAUAUAUAGCGAAAGCGAUUCUUGGAAAACGACCAGCAUUGAAAUUACGUGGUCUUUUAAUUGGAAAUGGUUGGAUUGAUCCUAUUACCAUAUAUAAAUCAUAUUUACCAUUUGCAGUAGCAAACAAUUUGGUCGUUCAGAACUCUAAUCUUUAUGAACGUAUUAACAUUGAAGUCAAACAAUGUGAACAGCAAAUUCCAAUUAUUCUAUACAGUGGUGAAUAUGACUUAAUUUGUAAUCAUUGGGCGACUGAAGCAAUGAUUGAUGGUAUGACAUGGAACGAUGGGACUGGUUUUGAUUUUGGUAAUGGAACAUUAUCUCCAAAAGAGCAGUGGAUUGCGGAAGGUGAAUCUGCUGGUUUCAUUCGACGUGCGCGUAAUUUAACUUACAUUCUUUUCUAUAAUGCCGGUCACAAUGUACCUUAUUACUAUCCACGUCGAUCACGUUUUAUGCUACAUGAAUUCAUACAGUUGGAUCUAACCUCAUUUACUGAUACAACAACAAGAAAGAACACACAAGAGUCUACUCGAUCAAGACGUCACAUCGCUUUUAUUGUAUUGAUUGUUAUUAUUAUCAUUCUAGCUUUGACUGGUCUUAUUUGGAUUUUUGUGCACAAAUGGUAUCCUACCAGACUACUGACACCAUUCAGUAUUAUUCGUGUGCUUCGAUCAAGAACUCGCGCUGUUGAGCGACAACAGUGGGUGGCGUAUUCGCUUUUGAACGAUUCCGAUACAGAUUUGGAAGUCGUAGAUUCUGAAGCUUUUGUAUGA